AUGACUGAACGCCCGAUCAUCCUCCGAUUUGAAAGCCGGAAUGGCCAGUUCCGGCUCACCGUUAGCCCCAAGGACCUUUUCCCCACCCUCCACGAGAAGAUCGUGGAGCAUCUUCCCUCCGACGUGGAUCCAUCAUCGGUCUGCCUGUCUAACCGACCGAUCGGUACCGGUGGCGAGGAACGGUUUCUGAACACUCUCGAUGGUGUUGCCAUCGAACAAGUUGGUCUAAGGCACGGCGACAAACUCUUUAUUGGAUAUACCGAGAAAGGAUCCCAGGAUGGCACCACCAACGGCCACACCGUCAACAAUGACACGUCCCGACGUCUAGACGGCGCCCCCGUGCCACAGAAAGAGCCCUCCGCCGUCUCGGGGAAGAAUCCGUGGGAGGUCGUGCAACAGUCGCCACUGGACAACAGGUUGGACAGCAAGGAUGGUAAGAUUCCACGAAAGCUGGAUUCCAAGAUGUGCAAGCACGGGCCCAAAGGAAUGUGUGACUAUUGCAUGCCGCUGGAACCCUACGACCCUAAAUAUCUGGCGGAGAAAAAGAUCAAGCACCUGUCCUUCCACUCGUACAUGCGCAAGAUCAACGCCGCCACCAACAAAUCCGAAUUAAAGCAGUCCUUCAUCCCCCCGCUCAGCGAACCGUUCUACCGCGUCGCACGCGACUGCCCAUCGGGCCAUCCCCAGUGGCCCGAGGGCAUCUGCAGCAAAUGUCAGCCCAGCGCCAUCAGUCUGCAGCCGCAGGAAUUCCGCAUGGUCGACCACGUCGAGUUCUCCUCCCCCGACCUCAUCAACUCGCUGCUGGACUUCUGGCGGAAGUCCGGGGCCCAGCGUCUGGGCUUCUUAUACGGCACGUACGAGGAGUACACGGAGGUCCCGCUCGGCGUCAAGGCCGUCGUGCAGGCGAUCUACGAGCCGCCGCAGAUGAACGAGCUUGAUGGCGUCACGCUGCACGAGUGGGCCAACGAGAAGGAAGUGGACGAGGUCGCGCGCCUCUGCGGCCUGGAGAAGGUCGGCGUCAUCUUCACGGACCUGCUGGACGCCGGUCAGGGCGACGGCUCCGUCGUCUGCAAGCGUCACAUCGAUUCGUACUAUCUGUCGUCGUUGGAGAUCGCCUUCGCCGCACGGCUGCAGGCGCAGCAUCCCAAAGCCACCAAGUGGAGCCGCACGGGUCGGUUCGGGUCCAACUUCGUGACGUGUGUCCUCAGUGGCGACGACGCUGGCGCCAUUUCCGUCAGCUCCUACCAGGCCUCGGUGAGCGCCGUGGAGAUGGUGCGGGCCGACAUCGUCGAACCGUCCGCCGAGCCGUCGGUCAUGCUGGUACAGUCGGAGGAGGACGACCCGGAGAAUCGCUCUCGCUAUAUCCCCGAGGUCUUUUACCGCAAGAUCAACGAGUACGGCGUCAGUGCUCAACAGAACGCCAAGCCGAGUUUCCCCGUCGAGUUCUUGCUGGUCACGUUAACGCACGGGUUCCCCACGGGAGCGGCCACGGCACCCCUCUUCACCGACAGCAAGUUCCCCAUCGAAAACCGCGAGGUCAUCGGCGAGAGCCAGGAGCUACGUCACGUGGCCAAGAAGCUAGUGUCCCACGGGGAUCCGGACCAAGCGAUCCGCGCGGUGUCCGACUUUCACCUUCUUUGCUUCCUGCACUCCCUAUCGACAUUCAACAAGGACGAGGAGGCGCUGCUGGCCCGCGUGGCAACGUCGAAGCGGCCGGUGGAUGGAAUGCAGCUGAUCAACACCCCCGGAUGGGCGACGCUGGUGACAAUUCUUCAGGAAAGUGGUGAGCGCCCCCCCAAGCGCCGCUGGGACGCAUCUCCCUCCCUAGUGGUCCCACCGGGCAAACGCCGCCUGGCCACUGCCCGGGCAGAAUCUCCCCGGUCGGACAGUGAACAACUUGCUAAGCGGUUCAAGGGAGCUAGUCUAGAAUGA